AUGCAUGCCGCUCCCCCUCUGCUCCUCAGCCUCCUGCUGCUGCGCGGAUGCUGCUGCGCCUCCGCAGCCGCAGCCAAGGCUUGGAGGCAGGUGUCCAACGAUGGCACGGAGCUCGUAGCGGACUACACGCACAACAGCAACAGCUAUAACAACAGUAUGAAUAACAACAAUAACAACAGGGCCAAAACAGGUGGAAGAACCAGCAACUCUGUCUCCUACAGCGCCUCGGAGCUGAGCUGCAGGGAGCUGCGAUCUACCCGUUACAUCACAGACGGAUCCUGUCGCAGCGCCAAACCAGUGAAGGAGCUGGUUUGCUCGGGCCAGUGCUUGCCCUCACACCUCAUGCCCAAUUCCAUCGGCCGUGGAAAGUGGUGGAGGAAUAGCGGCGGAGCAUCAGACUACCGUUGCAUCCCGGCGCACUCUCGGACACGUCGGGUGCAGCUGCACUGUCCUAACGGCAACACUCGGACUUACAAGAUCCGCGUGGUCACUUCCUGCAAGUGCAAGCGCUUCCGGCCGCACCACAACCAAUCCGAGGCCAAGGAAGUCCCUCGGCUGUCCCGCAACAAGAAACCCGGCCGCUCUUCUUUGGAUCGAAACAAGAACAACUCGCCGUUGACAGACAACUCCUAUUAA